GUCUUUUUCUCGUCGUGGCAGGGUAAAAGUUGGGUGUCUGGUUUACGUUUCGGUUUCAGCCUUUCAGUAGUACGAAGGUUGUUGUUUCGUGGUGUUUGUGAGUUGUCGAAGAAAAAUUUCGUGUGUAACGUGACACUGGCGAGGGAUUGCAUACGCGAGUUUUACGAUACGAGCGCGACGCUCCGCUAUAACAAUUAAAUUUUCUAAUUGCCGAAAGACUUUCUAAUAUACACCUACCUAUCACUUAGGUACAGUAAACAAUAAUGUCAAGUGUUAAACUGCUGUGAAAUUGGAUAUGUUAAUCAAGGAACGCGUGUGCUAAUUACCGUAACGAGUUUUAACCCGUUAGAAAAGAGUGAAAUGUUGGUGUUGAAAAAAUCUGGACUGCACGGCGACACUUCUGGCUCAAUUGGAUCGCUAAACUCGAUGGGAUCAUGCCUGGGUGACUACAUACGACACCCGGUUUUGUACGAGCUGUCGCACAAGUAUGGCCUCCAAACCGAAAACCUACCGGACUCGCUCCUGCCGUGCAAGCUGGAGGAGCUGAAGGAGGCGAUCCGGCGCGAAAUUCGCAAGGAGCUCAAAAUUAAAGAGGGCGCCGAGAAGCUUCGCGAGGUCGCGACCGAUCGCAAAUCGUUAAGUCACGUGGCAACUAUAGUCAAAAAUUCAAAUUCCAAACUCGCAGAACUGAAAAAUGAACUUAGCGAACUGGAAUCUCAAAUUAUACUCACUCAGGGACAGAGCGCCCCUUCUACGCCACCGACGAACGGCGAUACACCCCUAUCGUCUCCUCUAUCUUCACACCCGCGCAAUCAAGAUGGCCUCAGUCAGGACCCCAGAUUAAUAAACUUAGAAAAGCAACUAAACAUAGAAUUAAAAGUAAAAGAAGGGGCGGAGAACAUGAUUAGAAGUAUUACGGGAGGACCUCAUUCCAGGGAUAAGAAACUUCUUGCCGAAGCUCAGCAGAUGCUUCAAGAUUCUAGGGUCAAAAUUGAAUAUCUCAGGAUGCGAAUAUUAAAAAUGAAAAAUAAUUUAAAUAAUAAGCAACACAUGUCGAUGAUAGAAAUUUCGCCCGUCAACGGUGAGAUUACGUCCCGAGAGCUGGAGCAGUCUUUAGAAGAACGAAUCGAAGAGCUGCGCCAUAGGUUGAGGAUCGAGGCAGCUGUUGUGGACGGUGCCAAAAACGCGAUUCGAUUCUUACAGAACGGUAAUAAGGACAAAACCGAAAAGAAGGCUUUAUCCGAGGCUCAAGCGAGCUUAUCGGCGAGUAGUAAGAAAUUAGAUUUAUUACGCAAAUCGUUGGAAUUGCGAAGACAAGAGUUACCACCUGACAGUCCGGCGGCGAUGCAGUUGAAACGAGAAUUGCAAAACGUUCAAGCGGCGAGUCCUGUUCCUGUUCAGUACACCAGUUUACAGCCGUUUCGGGAGGGCAGUGAUGGUAAUAAGAUGUUGGCAGGUUCGUCUACUUUCAGUCGGUGUGCUGCAGUUACAGGAAUUUUGGAAGUGAGGCUUAUGGGUUGUCAAGACUUGUUAGAAGAAGUACCUGGAAGAUCGCGUCGAGAUCGAGAUGCCACUUCAAGCCCGUCAGAUCUACGCAAUUUUAUGAAGGGAGUAACGGGCAGAAGCUCAUCUAAAAGUUAUAAUGUAAAAGACGAAAUCAGUAAUGAAAUUAUGGCUGUUAUUAAAUUAGAUAAUCAAACCGUUGCUCAAACUAGCUGGAGGCCAUGCUCACAACAAGCUUGGGAUCAAAGAUUUUCGAUUCAAUUAGACAAAUCGCGGGAGGUAGAAAUCGGAGUGUAUUGGAGGGAUUGGAGGUCACUUUGCGGUGUCAAGUUCUUGAGGUUGGAGGAGUUCAUUGAUGACGUUCGUCACGGUAUGGCCUUGCAGUUAGAACCUCAAGGGUUGUUAUUUGCGGAGAUCAAGUUCCUUAACCCGAUGAUAUCCCGACGGCCUAAACUCCAAAGGCAGAGAAAGAUAUUCAAGCAGGAAGUGAAAAAUUUCCCCAGAGCAAACCAAAUGAAUAUUAAUGUCGCCACGUGGGGGCGAUUAUUAAAGCGAUCGUCGCCCGGCAUUCAACAGAGCAGAAGUAUUAUCCCGCCACCUAGUCCACCCGAAAAACCCGAAACCCCGGGCGAAUCUCCGGAACCCUUCGCCAGCGGUUUGGGCGGUCAAAGGCCGUUAGAUUUUGGAAUCGAAUGCCCUCCCGCUCUUCCGCCGGCACCGAUAGCAAAGAAGAGAGCUCCGAUAACACCUCCGCCUUUGCCUCCCAGACUUGAUUUGGAAGAGAGUGCUGCACUUCGAGAAUUUGAUUUCCUAAAUAGAGAAGAACGUGAAAUGUCCCGAUCGGGGCCAUUAAUUCUGCCUUGCACUCCCACUACCCCAGAUGUACCGCCGCCUCCCGAGCAAAUGGUACCCCCUAGUCCUCAACCCGUGGUAGAAUUUCCCGAUGACGAGAUUCCGUUGUAUGAUCCGGCAAAUGUUGUGCGACGACCCGUAGUGAGGGAGUUGAGCUAUAGAGAUAGCGCUUAUGAGUCCCGAAGGCAUUCUCAAUUUACUGGAAUGUGCAUGGACAACUUUAAACUUAUUAGCGUUCUCGGCAGGGGACAUUUUGGCAAAGUGAUUCUGACGCAAUACCGCAAUACAAACGAGUAUUUCGCCAUCAAGGCUCUAAAGAAGGGCGAUAUAAUCGCCAGGGACGAGGUUGAAUCUUUGCUGUCAGAAAAGCGAAUUUUUGAAGUCGCGAACUCGAUUAGACAUCCAUUUUUAGUAAAUCUAUUCGCCUGCUUCCAAACGGAGGCGCACGUCUGCUUCGUGAUGGAGUACGCGGCCGGUGGAGAUUUGAUGAUGCACAUACACUCGGACGUAUUUAACGAACCUCGGGCAGUAUUUUACGCAGCUUGCGUCGUCUUAGGUUUACAAUUUUUACACGAGAAUAGAAUCAUUUAUCGCGAUUUAAAGCUCGAUAAUUUGCUGCUUGAUACGGAGGGAUACGUGAAAAUUGCCGAUUUCGGAUUGUGCAAGGAGGGCAUGGGUUUCGGCGAUCGAACGGGCACGUUUUGCGGCACUCCCGAAUUUCUGGCGCCCGAGGUGCUCACCGAAACGUCGUACACGCGAGCAGUGGAUUGGUGGGGAUUGGGCGUCUUGAUAUUCGAAAUGUUGGUUGGUGAGUCGCCAUUUCCUGGAGAUGAUGAGGAAGAAGUGUUUGAUUCAAUCGUUAAUGACGAAGUGCGUUAUCCCCGAUUCUUAUCCUUGGAAUCUAUUGCAAUCAUGCGAAGGUUGCUACGAAAGAAUCCCGAACGCAGGCUAGGGUCUAGUGAAAGAGACGCGGAAGAUGUAAAGAAGCAGGCGUUCUUCAGAAAUAUACAAUGGGAGGACCUGUUGUUACGUAGAGUGAAACCACCAUUUGUUCCAACCGUGAAUCACCUGGAGGACGUGAGCAAUUUCGAUGAAGAAUUCACUUCGGAGAAACCACAACUAACACCGCCGAAAGAGCCGAGGCCCUUAACCGAUCAAGACCAACAUCUAUUUAGAGAUUUCACAUACAUGGCCGACUGGUGCUGACAAAAGUUCAAUUUUAAUCGACUCUCGACGGAAGUCUGUAUUUAAAUUUCUAUAAUCCGAUCGCUUCAUUUUCUGUAAUUGUGGCAUAAACUGACGAUUCUACAAAAUACUAUUAAGAUAAUUUUUAUUUCGUUAUAGCUGUGUUAAGAGUUGGAUUUUCUUUUUCGUUAAAAAAAAACCACCUAGCGUGAUCUCACUCGCAAUGAUGUUCAUUGAUAAUUAAUGAAGUCGCUUUAAAGACUGUUAAGGGCAAAUAAAAAGUACUUGUUGUAUUAUUUUAAUUGAUCGCUUUUACAAUUUUUACAUAACAAAAUUAGUGUUGAUUACAGAUUUUGUUAAUUAUUACGGUUAUUUGUAAAUAUUGGUAUCGUAAAGUGUAUGUUGUUAAUUAGGCCUAAUCGGUAUAGAGUUGAUUAAUUAAAUACUGAAUUGUAAUUAUGUGAAUUAACAUUAAUCAAAAUGUAGCUCUUCCAAUUUUGGUAAUUUAUUUGGUCACUGUUUAAGACUGCAUACUGUAAGUAUUUGCUGGAAGUGCCUAAUUUUAAAUAGUGAUUUGACAAAUAGCUCAGUGUAUAUAUACUAACAUCGUAUUCAUACUUAUUUUUUGAUGCUUUAACAUAAAUAAAUUAUGUAAGUUUUACAAAACAAAAAAUAUAGUAUUACCACAU